AUGGGCGUGUACACAAAGGUGCCUGAGCCCAUUUCCGUAAUUUGUUUGCCUGUGAAGGAUGACAAAUCCAUUUAUGCUAUACAUUACAAAUCAAAUAGUGGAAAGUAUCCUUUGCUGCGGAGUUUUGAGAGUAGACGUGCAAUCUUGUAUAGCCAUGGAAACGCAAUUGACUUAGGGCUCUGCAUUGAUGCCAUACAGUUUUUGGGAGAGAAGCUUGAUUCGGACAUUUAUUUUUACGAUUAUGAGGGUUAUGGGUGUAACCAAGGGAGGGCCUGCGCAAAGUAUCUUCCUCGUGACCUUCGCGCCUUGUAUGAUUAUGUUCGAAAGUCUUUUGAUGGAGAGAACAUUUAUUUUUAUGGCGAAUCAAUUGGAAGCGUUCCUUCCUGUUAUGUCGCUCAUCAGUUGUACGAGGAGCAUAUUGAGAAGCCGCUGUGUGGUGUGAUUCUCCACGCAUCGUUGUAUUCAGGAAGUUCCUUUUCUUGCGGUUGCUUGAUCCGCAAGUCAGAUCCUUACAAUAAUGCGAAAAUGAUAAAAAACAUUGAAUGCCCAAUCUUCCAUAUCCAUGGAGAGGAAGAUGAGAUUAUUCCCUUCAAACUGGGAAAGAAGCUUUACAAGAUGUCGAAAUCGCCCUUUGAGCCGUGGUGGGUAAAGAAUGCUGGCCAUAGCGACAUUGUGGUUCUCUAUCCUGAGGAAUACAUCGCCAAGCUGCUCAAGUUUUUUGCUUUUUGCGAGGGAGAAGCGGCUCAGGAAGGUGCUGAGGAGCCAGUGAAGGAAGACGAGUUAAAGGAACCAAUGAAGGAAACAACUGAGGAGGAGCCGGCAAAAGAAGCAACUGAGGAGGAGCCAGCGAAGGAAGGCGAGUUAAAGGAGCAAGAGCAACCACAUGGAAGUGUGGCGAAUGAGAGCAGUAGCACAGAACAAAAAUAAACGUGUUGGAACAAA